UGUUGAGAUACAAAAUAUGAUAACUAUUCCAUUCGAUCUAAAACCUCUCAAUUAUGAUUGGUAAUUUUCUUUUUAGGAAAGUCUAAAAAGGUUGAGACUUCUAAUUUCAUAAACAUGAUGGGUUAGAUAUUGUAAUUUCGAAAUUAAAAUAAUAUUCAAGUGGUAUUUAUAGUGUAGAAAUACAAGAUUAGUUAGGGGAACAAUAAAGUAUAGAUGAAUUAAUCAUAAGUCUAAAAAAGAUGAAUAAAUUUUUUGAUUUGUAUAUGUAGUAUUGAAGGGAGUAUAAGAAGGAAGUAAAAUAAAAAAUAG